UGGUGAAAUGUAGUGUGUAGUUGACUCGUCUUUAAAUCGAAAUCUGAUGACCAGUGUUAGAAAGUGAACAAAGCUGGAAUGGCACCGACGACGGAGUCUAGGUUGAACGUUGAUGCUCUCAGUAAGAAAGAUGUGCUGCUGCUCUUCAGUGUGCUGGAGGGAGAACUGGAGGCCCGAGACCUCGUCAUCCAGGCACUCAGGGCCCAGCGCAGGGAAACAUAUGUGUGGGAGCGUUAUGGGAAAUAUGAUCUGAGCGAUCCCUUCCUGGCCCUGCAGAGGGACAACGAGGCUCUUAAGAGCCCUAGUCAGGGCAGAGGAAAUGGCACAAGUUGUUCACAGAGACGAAUGACGGACAGCAGGCACUCUGAUCCGCUGUCCAUGCUCAGGCUGGUGGUGGGACACUGCAGGAGGAUGCAGGAGAAGAUGCUGAAACAGCUUGCAGCUGCUGAGAGCAGGCACAGAAGGGUCAUUGCAGAUUUAGAAGAGGAGAAGAGGAGACAUGCUGAGGAUACAGCUGAGGGAGAUGAUGUCACAUGCAUUUUAGAAAAAGAGCGAGAGCGCCUCCUACAGCAGUUGGCAUUUGAAAAGACGAAGUUUUCCCGCAUGGAUAAAGAGAACAAGCGAUUGCAAGCUCAGCUGGAGGAUGAACGUGUACAGCACAAGCAGCUUAUGGCUGCACUGGGGCGCGAGUGCAAACGCUCAGGUUUGCGUGCCCACGAGGAGGGACAGCGCGCCAGUGAGCUUAGUCGUCGCCUGGAGCGCCAACGUGCCACCAAUCAAAGCCUGAAGGCGGAGCUUGAGGAGGAGAAGAAGCGUGCCAUGCAGAUGGAGGCAAGGAGAGAGGAGCUGCUGGCUGAGUUUGAUACAGAAAGGGAACAGCUUGGUCUGCGGCUGAGACGGGAAGAGGCAUGCAGCAGUGCUCUACAGGAGGAGGUGGAGAGGCUGAGGAAAGAGGUACGACAACUCAGGGGAGAAGAGGACAAGGAGGAGCAUAGUAGAGAGUUUCGGGAGGAGAGAAAUGGUUCAGUGGAAGGUGGAACAGAAAAAUCAGACACGAUCCCGCUGAAGAUUAACGGUCAUCAGACUCUGGUAGAGGAAGGAGGGAGUGGCUUGAGGCAGAGGAAUGAGAACGAAGGAGAAAAUGGAGCUUUUCAUUCCACCUUAAGCUCUGACCAUAAUGAACUGACUAAUGGGAAUGUGUCACCUGCUCAUCUGAAUAAUGAGAGUCCCUCAAUCUGUGGCACAGGCUCCUCUCCCGAGACAAAGUCCUCCUGUAGCGUACAGGCUGCCUACCAGGCUGGGAUCCAGCAGCGUUUCCAUGCAGCACGUCACAAAUUCCAGUCCGUUGCUGAACAAGACCCCCAGCUGGGCUCACCUGUCCCUCCUUCCCCUCGUGAUCUUUCACCCUGUGCCAGCGUAGAUCCUCCAGCAGAGGGCAGCAACUCCAAACAGUCAGGCCGCAACUCGGUGACACAGGCUGUCAGCCGCUUCAGCACCAAAACAGCAUCAACACCCAACAGCUCACUUUUUGGCACAGAUUACCGUGCCCUGACCCCAUCAGGAGCUCUGUCUCCUGGAAUUCGCUCUCCCACAGUCCCCAGGGUUGACAGGGGCAUUCCUCCACCCAUUCCACCUAAGAAACCGGGCCUGGCUGAAACCCCACCCUCCCCCGCCACCCUCCGAGCUGCCCACAUGGCUCAGCUAUUAGCUGGAUGUGGGCGUAAAAGCACAGAAAACAGCAAAGAACCAGACUUGCUGUUGUCUUCAAGCAGCUAACAAGCACACCUUUUCGUCAACCAGCCAUGGGUUCUGCAGUGGCAGUGGAUUUUUUUUUUCCUCAUUAUUCCAGAUCUCUUGCAGCCACAUCAUGUUUAUGCCUGCUAUGAUAAUACCAUUAAUUACAGACUUCAUCAUAUGAAGUCAUAUCAUAUAAUCAGUUAUACGAUAAGUAAGGAAUAACACGACUGUUGUCUGUCCAAUGACACAACACUGUAAACAUGUAAUAAGUUUUAAAGCAGCAUCUCUGAUGGUACCAAAAAAGAUUACAGUUAUCGCAACACAAAGAAAUAUAAUACUUGCACAUAUUUGCUCACAACAUUAAAACAUUGUUGAGCUUUGCGGUCGGUUAUUAUUGUAUGUUAAUUAUAAGAGAAGAUACUGAGGGGUUUAUUUUUAGAUUUUUAGUUGUGGGAAGUGAGAGGCAAGUUGAAAUUUGAUAAACUUACCUACCAUUUACUGAGGGUUUUUGGUUGUUUGGUUUUGUUUUGGGUUGUUUUUUUUUUUCCAUAAAAUUUUGUGUGCUCACCAAAUGCUAAUGUAUUGUAGAUGGUCCUCUUUGAGUCACCAGGUUUUCAUAAGAUCUUCCACUUCAUAGCACAACAGAUUUUUGUCAUGUAUUUGUGCCUGAAAUGUUUUUGAGUUUAUACACUGUAAUGUAUGUUUGUGACAGUUUGUACGCAGCAGACAAACAUGGUUUUCACAGCUUUUGUAAUUUGUUCAUAUGUCUAUAAAAUAUUAUAUACCAACUAUUAACCUUUAAGUUUUGCUUUAAUGCUAUAAUUGUGAGAAUUCGCAUGAGGUAGCACAACCAUAAUAUUUGGAUGUUUAUGUCUGAGGUUCAUGCUUAUUAGUGUAUUAUUUUAUACACUGUGUAAAUAAUGUUGUUCUUCAUGUUGGUCACGUCCCUAAUCCAGUGUAUUCUAUAUAGUGUUAUAUAAUGUACUAUAAUUGUAUAUGGGUUAGGAUAGUAUU